AUGUCGUGCACCAGCCUGUGCAACACGUCCUGUGGGGCGGCCGCUCCGGCCCCUCUGGCUGACACCUGCAACGAGCCCUGCGUGCGGCAGUGCCCCGACUCCACGGUGGUGAUCCAGCCCCCAGCCUCGGUGGUCACCUUCCCCGGGCCCAUCCUCAGCUCCUUCCCACAGCAGAGUGUUGUUGGCUCAGCGGGAGCCCCCGUCAUUGCAUCCGGAUUUGGUGGCAGUUUUGGUGGCCGUGGUGGCUAUGGAGGCUAUGGGGGAUAUGGGGGAUAUGGGGGCUGGGGUGGCUAUGGAGGCCAUGGAGGCUGGGGUGGCUAUGGAGGCUAUGGGGGCUAUGGAGGCUAUGGGUGUUAUGGGGGCUACGGAGGCUAUGGGGGUUGUGGAUAUGGAGGAUGGCGCCGUGGCAACAGGUACCUCAGUGGCAACUGCGGUUCCUGCUAA